AUGGCUGUCAUCCGUCCUGAGGCGCGCGGCGCAAGCGCGGCCAAGAGCAAGACACGCGCCAAGGAACGGUAUUUAAAGGCAAAAAAGCUGCGGCGCAAGUCGCGGAAACCUUCCGUGCCAAAAACCAAAUGCCAAGCGGCCAGUCCGACGCACUCGGAGCAUGAAAAAGACGCUUUCAUGCAGGAGGAAUCAGAAGAUGACACCCCUACUACGAGCGACACCGACCAGGACGAGCACCAGCAAGAUACCCCAGAAUCUGAACCUGCCGCAGCGCUACCAGAGUCGAUCGCAGCCGACCCUUUGCAGGCAGAUCCUGUACAGCAGAGCGCCGCAGCCGAGCCUGAAUACCUCUUCCGCUUUCCUAAACCAAGAAACACAAGUUCAUUGGAUCCCGCAAUGCUUGCAUCGCUCGGUAUCCCAUCGGCACUGGCGCACCCGACUGUGGUGGAUGCGGCAAAGACUAAAGACUUGGACGAUGCGUGGGACAAUGCGACAGAUCCCGCCCUUUACAACGGCAUCUCUGUCAGUCGUGCGGUCAAGCAGCGACUUGCCGAUUUCGGGAUCAAAGAAUGGUUUGCCGUCCAAGCAUCCGUAAUCCCCAUUCUGCUCGAUGCACACGCAGAGAGCAGCAUGUAUAUGCCGUACAACCCGCCCCGUGAUCUUUGCGUCUCUGCACCUACAGGCAGUGGGAAAACACUCGCAUACACUGUACCUAUUAUAGAGCUCUUGCGCACACGCACGCUUGUGCAGCUCCGCGCAUUGGUCCUUGUCCCCACCCGUGAUCUCGCCCUCCAAGUCGGCGAAACGUUUGACGCGGUUGGCAGAGGAAGCGGACUGCGUACCGCAGUCGUCACAGGCAACCACAGUUUGCGCCAUGAACAAAAACAGCUUGUAAAAAGCACAGACGAUGGAUUCGGCAGCAAUGUGGACAUCUUGAUCGCGACACCGGGUAGGCUUGUCGACCAUCUGCGCGGCACACCGGGCCUUACAUUACAGCAUUUGCGGUUCUUGGUCGUCGACGAGGCGGACCGCUUGCUCGGCCAGUCAUUCCAGCAGUGGGUGCCGACCCUGCUGCACGCGCUUGCGCCGAGUAAUCCGCCGCCUGUGCUGCAAACGUAUGCGCCACCUGAGCUUCAACUCAAGACAGACCACAUCAAAUGGGCGCAGGACGAUUUGGAAGCGCCGGCACAGAGCGUCCAGAAACUGCUUUUUUCUGCGACGCUUACGCGUGAUCUUUCCAAGAUGGAUGCAUUGCAGCUGCGCAAUGCGCGCUAUAUUAGUGUGCGCGACGGGGAGCAGCCACGAAAUGACGCACUGGGCGAGCAUUUCGCGACGCCUGCAAGGCUACGUGAAUACAUGAUCGUCACAGAAACCAGUAACAAGGUGCUGCAGCUUCUCCGACUUUUGCAUGCGCCUGUCGGCCCGGAGCACGAACCGGUACACCAUGCACUGGUCUUUGCCAAGAGUGUCGAUGCCGCGAAUCGUCUUGUUCGCCUUGUCUCUUUCUUCGAGGACGACUGGGCGAAGCGCCAAGGGACAAGGCGUUUGCAUGUACAGUACUACUCGAGCGACCUCAGUGCUGUCGAACGCGCGAAAAUCCUGCGCCAGUUCCAGCAGGGAGAAAUCGAUGUGUUGGUGUGCUCGGAUCUCAUUGCGCGUGGAAUUGACUUGCCAGAAGUGCGGCAUGUGGUCUUGUACGACGUGCCCGUGGAUAUCGCCAAGUAUAUUCACCGGGUGGGCCGAACAGCGCGCGCAGGACGCGUCGGCGACGCUUGGAGCCUGGUGGAGGAGCAGGAAGUAUACCACUUUAAGCGCAUGCUUCGCGAAGCGAAUCACUUGGACCGUGUGCAAACGGAAAAGACGAAAAAUGCAGCGUUGGACGAGUACGUGCCGUGCUACAAAGCAGCACUCUCGCAACUUGCUGCAGUAUACAGUCAGCAGCGUUUGUAA